AUGAGAACCAUGGCUCCUAAAUCUUACGCACAUGACGGUAAACCCAUUGAUCUUGACGAGAUCCAUGAUUUCCUGAUCAGCCUGGCCUUCCGUGCUGGGGAUAUCAUCAACAGCGCUCUACCUACCGAUGAUAGUACUGGAUCAAAGAUGAAUUCUAUGCGGUUUGGUCGUGCAGAUGAACGAAGCUCCGCUAACCCUAUCCUUUUAGCUGCUGAUAUCGUCACUCGAUAUGAUAAAGCCGUUGAAACUAUGAUAUCCUCUGCCUUAAUGGAAAAAUAUCCAUCAUACCAGUUUCAUGGAGAGGAGACCUAUGACCCAGCCCAUCCCCUAACAGAUGCACCCACGUUUGUAGUUGAUCCUAUCGAUGGUACGGUCAAUUUUGUGCAUGGAUUUCCCUGCUCCUGUAUUUCUCUUGGAUUCGCUGUUCGCCGUGUACCCAUUGUAGGUGUCGUCUUCAACCCUUUAACUCGCACUCUUUAUUCUGCAAUACAAGGCUGUGGGUCAUACUUGAACCGCACCACCAAGCUUCCCUUAAAGGGCAAUGAUAUAGGGCCAUUGAAAGGCCUGGAAAAUUCACUCAUCGGUAUUGAGUGGGGCUCGGAGAGGACAGGUGCCAAUUGGGAAACAAAGGUGCGAACUUUCGAGAAACUCGGCCGAGCAAAGGAAGAUGGCGGUGCAAUGGUCCGUUCGAUGCGCAGCAUGGGUUCUGCGGCGCUGAACCUCUGUGCUGUCGCAGCUGGGACUUUAGACAUAUACUGGGAAGGAGGUUGCUGGGCCUGGGAUGUUUGUGCAGGCUGGGUAAUACUGACCGAAGCAGGUGGUGUCAUGAUAGAUGGAAACCCAGGAACGUGGGAAGCAACUCUCGAUGGAAGAAAAUACCUUGCUGUUAGAGCAUGCUCCGAUGAGAACAGCAGGCUGGAGCUCAUUAAGGAGUUUUGGGGGCAGAUUCAAGGAAGUUUUGAAUACUGA